AUGACGGGCUUUGAUACUGUAGGUGUUGCCAUUGGUAAACGCUACCUGGGACCUAUUGGGGGAAUCGUUUCUGAACCAGAGUAUCAUUACACAGCAGAUGGCGCCCAGUACGAGCUGAAGGAGAGCCCGGGGGUGCAGCACGCCGCCUUCCCCCACCACCACCCCGCCUUCUACCCCUACGGGCAGUACCAGUUCGGGGACCCGUCGCGGCCCAAGAACGCCACCCGGGAGAGCACCAGCACCCUCAAGGCCUGGCUGAACGAGCACCGGAAAAACCCCUACCCCACCAAGGGCGAGAAGAUCAUGCUGGCCAUCAUCACCAAAAUGACCCUCACCCAGGUCUCCACCUGGUUCGCCAACGCGCGACGACGGCUCAAAAAGGAGAAUAAAAUGACCUGGGCCCCCCGCAGCCGGACGGACGAGGAGGGCAACUCCUAUGGGAGCGACCACGAGGGGGAAGAGGACAAGAGGGAGGACGAGGAGGAGAUCGACCUGGAGAACAUCGACACCGAGAACAUCGAGAGCAACAAGGACGAGCUGGAGGACGAGCUGCAGGACGCCGACCUCCUGCACUCAGACUCCAAGACGGACUCGGAGGGCUCCGAGGGCUUCGAGGACCUGCCCGGCGCCGAGGAGCGCUACCUGAAGGACCCGGCCGUAAGGCUUGCUCCGGGCUUGGCUUAUUUUCCUUCUGAGGGUCGCUCCUGCAGCAAGGCGGUCGUUGCGUCGUCUUUGCAGCAUCGAUCUAGUGCCUUGGAAGUAGAGAAAAAGUUAAUAAAGACAGCUUUCCAGCCAGUGCAGAGGCGGCCCCAGAACCAACUUGAUGCCGCUAUGGUUCUAUCGGCGUUGUCAUCAUCAUAG